UUAUUGCAUGCUCAUUGCCCGCCACCAGCUGAACCGGAAACCCAACAGCACACGCAGGACGGCUUGUCAAGCCGAAUCUUGCCUCUCCUAAUGGCGGCCGGCAUUGCAGUUGGCGCAGUACUGGGCUGCAUCAUUCGACUGACAAAUAAGCCCUGGAGCAGGCGGCAGAUCAUGUACGUCGGCUUCCCAGGUGAACUGUUCGAGCGCAUGAUGACUGGUGUGUCCAUGCCCAUAAUCAGCUCCAGCGUUGUGGCCGCACUGGCAAGCAGCCAGCUAAGGCUCAUGGGAAGGGUGGGCUUGUGCGCACUCUUUCUGUCGCUCCUCUUCAAGUGCUUUGCCGUGGCUGGAGCCAUUGGCAUUGCCGUCUUCCUAGCCCCGGGACACGCAGUGCGUCCGGGUGUGGAGGUUCCCAAUGUCACUCCUAACGUGCAGCUCUCUGCAGCCACCACAGACCGAUUACUGGACCUGAUUAGGAACCUAUUUCCAUCCAACAUAAUCAGCGCCCAUAUGACAACAAUCUUCACCUACGAUCUCGCUAAAGUAAAGACUGCACAGGGGAAGUACGUUGGUGGAGAGGUGACCUUCCACCGAUAUGAUACAGACGACACGAACCAGCUAGGCUUGCUAAGCUUCAGCAUUCUUCUGGGACUGACGCUCUCAGCGUUUCGCCAGGAACAGAAUGUGGUGUUAAACGUAUUCGUCAGCUUGAGCAACGCCCUGGUCACUGCAACGCACAUGCUUUUGUGGUUCGGGCCGGUUGGACUCUGCUCGAUAACUAUGAAGCUUGUGCUCGAGGCUAAGGGUCUAGAGGUCCUCACGCAUGACCUCUCAAUGUAUAUACUGACAUUCGUGGCAGCGACCGUUCUUCAUGGCCUUUUGGUGCUACCGGCAUUCUACUUGGUUCUCACGCGGGGACGACUGGGUCCGUUAUUUCGAAACAUGGUCCAACCUAUCUCUGUGGCUCUCGGCCUGUCAUCCAGCUCAGCGACAGUGCCCACCCUGAUUGUUGCACUAGAAGAAGGGCUGCAGAUGGAUCCCCGACUGGCAAGGUCCCUUGCGCCUGUCGCCUCUACUGUUAACAUGGACGGCGUCACAAUUUACCUGACCGUUACGCUCAUUUUCCUUGCCCAGAAGGAAGGCAUGGCCCUGAGCCCUUUGCAGUAUGCUUUAAUCGGGCUAUCGAGCGGACUGACCAGUAUAAGCAUGGGUUCGUCAGGCUUGCCGCUGGUCUUGACGUACCUUAUCUUUGUCUUCGACAUCCCGCUUCAAAAUACCGGAAUCCUCAUCUACACCGACUGGCUCAUGUGCGUCCUUUGA